AUGAGCAACCAAACUAGCGGCAUGUUGUUCUCCUAUGUGAAUAGAAGUCAGUACCACGAAUCCUGUGUCCCCAAGAAUGUGACCCAAACUGUAGAACCUGCAGAUGCUGGAAAGGCCCAAAAAUCCCUGGAUCGUGUCAACUUCGAUCCAGUCUCCCAGGAUGUGAUCUGGCGGCAGACCUUGCAAGCCGAGCGCCGGUGUCUCAAAGAUUGGGAAGAGAACUGGGGUUUUCUUACAGCCUAUGACGCCAAGGGCCGGGUCAGAGAGAGGCAGCCACUGCCAGAACGCUCCAACAUGUUCAGUAAUGACGUACCAAACACCAGCUCCGGUAAUUAUGGCAACAGACUCACAACAGACCUGGGCAGUACCAUGUCGACAUUGGAAAAACGGUUUUUCUCCCAGCACAGGAAGCGACAUCUGCCUUCAGAAAUGUUGUGUCUUUGA